CCCGUCCCCGCGCUUCGGGCGCUGCGGGCACCUUCGCUCCCCGCCCCGGGAGCUGCCCCGCCGCUUCCCCGCCGGCUCCCGGCCCCGUGCAGAGACGCCGCGGGCUGCCCCGGGGCUGCAGCGGGGCGGGCGGAGCGGUGCGGCGGGGCCAGGGCAAUCCGAGAGCUGCGGCUCUUACGAGAGGGACUGCCCCGAUAGUCGGGCCGGUACCUGCAGGUUCUCGGGCUGCACGCCGAGGGCUUCUUUAUUACUAUUAUUACUUUAUAUUUUUAUUAUUAUUAUUUAAAAUAUGUAUGUAUCUUAAGGAAAAAGUGACUGUCCGUCGAUCUGCCAUCCGAUUUCGCUGGUGCUUCACGGUGUCUCAGCCGUCCCCUCCUUCAUUCCGAUUGAUUUUUGUUGUUAAUUUUAACAGCCCGCUCACGGCGAGCGGAUUUAACGACCGCCCAUAGAGGCAGGAGCUUAGGAGCUCCGCGGGCUCCCGCAGCACCCGCUCGGCAUCAUCCCAGCCCCGCACAACAUCGCCGCGAUUCAUCGCGGAGGCAACCCCGAGCGCUGAGGGGACAGCGGGCUGCAACCCGACGGACACCAGGCCGGGGCUCCCCGAUGUCUGCCGGGACCUCACGGAUUGCAGAGCCCCGGGCGGGUCUGCGCCCUUCGCUGCUGGGAAUGAGGAGCCGGGCACCGGUGAAGUUCGGCAGCUGGCCGCUGCUGGGGGGCUCGUGAGGCUGGCGAUCUCAGGGCCAAGUGUUAGGGGGGGAAACCUGGAGGGAAUACUGCACAGAAGCCAUACAUUGGUUUAAGAAACACCGUUGCGCAUUUGUUCUCCUGCCUCGUAACUCAUUUAGGACGUGAGACUCCAAGACAAGCUGAGAAUGGGGCCCGUGCAUCUUGUUCUGUCGCUUACAUCAAAUAACUCUGAAUCCUUCCGAGGACUUUUUGUAGCCCAGUGAACAGCUCGGUUUGUACAGACGGGGUUAGUGCUGUGGGGUGAAGGUCAGCAAACAACAGCAAAGCCCAGAAGGGUGUUUGCAGUUUUGAGUGAGCAGAAUACAUAUGGUCAAUGAUACAGCUGUGGGCUGAGCACUGAUUUGUUUACGUUAGCACGAUGCUCUGAAACCAGGGCUUUUCUGUUCAACUCUUGUGCGCUGUAAUCCCCUCUACCCGCCCUCCACAUGUGUGUUUCCUGCUUUCAGCAUGCAUUCUCCGUGUCUAAACUGCAGCAAACUCCGUGUUAUAAACCAGGGCAACACAGAGCACUUCGGGGGUUUUCAGAGUAUUGCCACCACGGUGCAAGCAUAUGUAAAUCAUCACAUACAGCUGUGCACAAUGCAUGUAUUAAUCCCUGCAUGCUCUCUCGGUUGCUUGUGGCAUCAGAUUGGAAGAAAAACACAAUAAUGGGUACUCUGAAUAAGCACCAAUUGUUCCUGGGCAUACUCACCCUUGGGAUACCCAGACAGAUCUUGCUGAUCAAACACUGCAUUUCUGAGCAGAAUUGGGGUCUUCUAAGAAAGGCACUGAAGGUCCUCCAACACAAGGAAAUUGAGGGAAAAUGCACCACAGUGUGUGGCAUUUGAAAGCUCUGCAAGAGGGCAUGUAUAUAUGGGAUGUGAUUCAGAGAAGUACUUCAGUGUAUGCUUGAGCUCAUCACUACCCAAACAGGGCAGUGCUGCCCAAGCAAAUGCCCCACCUUCUCCAUAUCCAUAUGUCACACACUCAGCAUGCAUUUUACCACUGUUUUUAAAGAUCUCCUGAAUCGAGGCCAUUACUGUCAGAAUGAACAGUAGUUUAUUUAAAAACAAAACAAAACAAAAACAAAAAACAAAAACAAGAGCAGCUACUGCUCCAGGCAAGGUUCUCUUCAGUGCUGGUGUCCCUUGGCUGUCCCACUGCCACCUUUUAGCAGCCCAGCAGCCCGGAGGACACUGCUCCAACCCAAGCUUGGUGAUGUGAUUGCAGUGUGCCUUGGAGGGGGGGGGUUCAGAGCAGAGUAGUUUGGAUCUACUGUGUAGAAAGGGAAAAAGAUAAAAUUUCCCAUGAUCUCCAAGGGAAUUCUGUCUUAACCCUCCAUGGCCACUGUGGAGAUGGAGAAGAGCCUGACCCCACUUCAGAGGAGAAAGGUUGUAUAGUCAGAGAAGGGUUUGGAAGGGAAUGGGUCGGAUGGAGGACAGCAGGGAGAGAGCAGAAGAACCGAGAGUGUAACCAAGCAGAGAGCAGGCAGUGGGCUUCUCUCUCCUCUACUCACAAACCUUGUGUUCUCCUCCAAGGUGGCUGAUCCUUGCUCAGAGGACAGCAUCCAGCUCACUCUCCUUAGUUUCCUUCACAAAUCCCUCAAAAGUAACUGAAGGACCCGCACGGGCUGGAAAAGUGGGGAUGGAAGCCGGUGGAAAGGUGUUUCCUGUUGCCCCUGUGCAAGGUAGCACAGUAUGCCCAGUCAAGGCUACUGGUGAUUGCUGCAGCUCUUCCCUGUUUGCGCUGCCUGCUCCAUUCGUUUGACCUGCUCACCCUCCAUAGGCUGGGGAAGCCUAUUAGUGGGUUAUAUCGCUCGUCCAAACACCCCUCUGGGAACGGUUUCCAAGAAAAAUACAAAGCUCAUUCAUUUCAACAGCAGAACUCAUUUUAGCCGCAAGAGAAGUGCUGAAAGCCCAGGCCGUUGCACUGCAGCAGAACCAGAAUUGCCUCCAGGCUGCUAUUUUGAGCUUCACAGAUGGAUGGAGAAGGGAAAAAGAUACCUCAGCCUCACUGCGGACUUCCAAGUGCAGUAUGAAUUCCCCUUUUCCACUUCAUUUGUCCUGAUGAUUGCUGGUUGUUCAAAUGCAACCAGGACCAUCUGAACCUCCCUGCUGUGCUUGUCUGGAGGCUGGGUACAGCUGUGCCAGCUGUUGAGGAAGGCUGCAUCUGCAUGGAGGGGAGCAGCGGAGACCCUGGGACAAGGAACAAUUUGGGGUGAGGAUCCCCAGCUGUGGGGGAAGCUGGGGUUCAUGGAGCCCAAGAGCUAAUGACAGAAAUCAAAGUUCACCAUAAUAAGUGAAAAAAGAUUUUCUGAAUCUCAGAAAGCCCCCACGGGAAGACUCAUGAUGCCACCUGAAAGGAUUCUUGGACAAAAGGAAUCUCAUGUAGAACCUGCAGGUGGAGAAAUCUCCAUGACUUUGGCCAGAGGGCUUUGCCUGACGCGGCACAGUGAGAACUUCCACUGGGAGGGAGAGGCAAGCAAACACAGUGUGGUGUGUUACCGUCAGUGGGACUUGGUGUGAGGCAGUGUGGGGCCAAAGCAGCAGUGCUGGCACUGCCUGGAUUUGCAGAGGAGACUGCCCAAAAGGCCACCAGCAGCUCAGCAGGGUAACCCUGACCUGUCUCCAUCCUCCAAGCAGACAGCUCUUGAGCAAAUACAAACACACAGUUAUUAAAGAACACUUCGACAACGACAGUAACAAAAUAGAGUGAAGCAAAGCCAAAACUGCAGGUCUGUUUUAUUCAAAGCAUAAUAUUUACAGACAGCAGAUACUGAAAGGCAGUGCAAUUGGUUUGGGAACCAUCCCUAUGCUUAGAUAGUGGCAGCACACUUGAACACGUCUGCCUUCUGAAACACAGCGAGACAGAAAAUCUAGUUUAUCAGAAAGAGUGUUUUCAUUCUUAGAGCAGUUACGUGUGCCUGGUAAACAAGAAUAUUAGAAACAAUUUUCUGGUAGAAUUACAGGUGGAGCCUGAAAUGCUAAAAGGCUGUUCAAAGCAUCACUUAGGUCUGAUCAAGUUCAGCAUUAGUCUCGCGUUAUCUUUCUCCCCCCACAGUGGUUUCAAGAAGAUAUAUAAAAGCAGAGCGGAGCUGAUGUUUACUUUAGCAGCUAAUGGUUCCUCAAAUCUACCACAACUUCUAAGGAGCAGAUAAAAGCAGCUGCAAGAGUGAUCUAGAAGUAAACACCCAGAAGAAAACAUAACUGCAAUCAAAGUUCCAGCUGUUCUCUUCCCAAUUCUUAUCAGGAUUCUUUUUAAUCAGACAUUUUGAAGUCAUAGGCUUACUUCCAACAGCUCUUGUGCGUACAUAUAUAUAUAUAUGUGCAAGUCCCUUGAAAUAUUACAGAAGUUCUGUUUCACAUCAAAAUGGUGUACAUUGUCACUGGAAUUAUUAAUUUUCUUUUCUUCAUCCCCCAUGCUCUCCCUGGGCCCCUCUUUUGCAUCUGGCAUGUGUACUGAUACUUGAGAUGACAAAUACUGAUAACUGCGAAGCUGCAGUGCUGCAUACUUCCACAGCACGCGGCUCAGCCAACGCUAGGCAUUGAUUUAUGUGCUGUACUCUGUUCCACAGCACAAGGUUGUUUUUUCUUUCCUAAUUCCAUACCUUUAAUCCUCGCCACCUUCAACCUAGCGUGUGUCAAAUUUCCAUCUUAUUGUUGCAGCUGUGGUUUCUUAAAACUAAAGUACAUUUCUUGAAGGCAGUGGCACAUUCUUAAGUUUAAUCACAGAUUUAAAUGUUCAAUUGCUCAAAGAAUGCCCGGGCUCAUUAAAAUGUGAUGGUAGUUAGAGGGUUUAUUCUUUUUCCCCCUAUUAAAUGGUUUAUAGCAAGGUUUUAAAAAACAAAUUAGGGAUGUUUGGGAUGACUCUCUAUUCAAUCCAAAUCUGUAGAAAGUGUAGUAAUUUAUGGAGAGGUAGAGACUCUAAUCUCAGGGUUCUCAUCAGUAAAGAGGUUGUUUACAAAAUACAUGGGACAGAAGAAAGCUCUCCUUCACGUAAAAAGUCUUCUAUGGGUGUGUAGAUGAACGGACACAAAUGCCAUCUAGGUACCGUGUUACAUAGGGCGGUGACUCCAUGACCCCACAGAACAAGAGAGAAGCUGGCACUGCCCAGGGAUCCAUAUGCUUAAAAGGAGCUGCAAAAGUGAGGGAUUUUGGUCGUGAUCUUCACUGCUUGAAGAGAGUACCCAGAUUUCCUGUGCUCUCCUAUGGAAAGAGAAGCAGAGGCUGGAUGCUAUAAAUAUUCCUCCAAGAACUUGGAGUGAGUGUUCCGUGCUACUGUCGCAUCUGCUCAGGGCAGCUGUCUGUCCGUGCAAUGGCUCUUCCUGCAGGUGAGCUGCUGCAGAACUCCCUGCCUGUAUGUCAGCCGUUUCAGCCCAGGGUCUGGCACGGUAACUUAAGUCCACUUUUACCAUCCUUAAAAAUGAAGACAUCAGUGUUCUCCACCAGAGCAGCUGAGAUAUGUCCUAUUCCAGGAAAAGGCCAAGAAAAUAGCCGAGAGCAGUAAGAACUUAAACUGCUGCAAAAAAUCUGCCAGAGGACAUCUGUCAAAGCCCAGAGAGUUCCAGUUAUGUAUGAUUUCAUUUGAUCCCAGAGGCUAAAUAAUGUACAGGAAAGAUUUAAUAAUGUUAUGCAGAUUAUGUGUGGAAAUGUAAAAGGAACCAGAUACAAUGCCAGUUUGAAAAAUGUUAAUGUGCUCAUAGCACUAUUAUUGCCACAAAGUCAGAAAGCACAGCUUGAGCAAUAGACUAUGAUAAUAAAAUUAAAAAUUUGGAAUUGCUGGAAUAUUUACUCAGGUGAGAAUAUUUGAUUAAAAAAAAAAAAGAUGACUUAAUAUUUUUUCUCUGCCAGGAAAUAAUCUGUGGAGAGAGCCCCAUUACUGCUGCCACAUCAGUUCCAUUUCCAUGUGAAACCUUGAGAGUGAAAACAUGGUAACCAAAGAUCACGGUACACCAGUAUUUCCAAAGGAGAUGUCAGCUAUUAAAAGAACAGAAAAUGAAUGGCUCUCAGCUAUAUCUGCUUGCAAGCUCAAGUUAUGGCACGUGACUGAACUGCAGGUGUGGUCCCUUUUGCCACACUGCUUCCAGAAGCAGGAAUUUGACAGAGACGGGGGCGAUGGAUGCUAACUGCCACCACAGGACCUGCCAGAGGGCAUCUGUCGUGUCCUCUACUGCCACAACACUCCCAUGCCACGUGACAGUAUUUAAAUACCAGCAAAGAAGGGAUUAUGAAACAGAACUCAUAGCCAGGAUGGCCGCAGGCUUCAUCGUUAUACAACAACCUGAAAGCAGAAGAAAAUGGAUCCUAUCUGGUGACACCUGAGAAUUUAAUACAGCCUCUCACAAGGAAACAAGUGCAAUGCUUCCUAGGUUUCCUGAGGCUGGCACCUGCAGUGAUCUUUCUUUGACUGGUGCUUUUAUCUCCUUUGAGAUAGUGGUUGUAGUUUUAGCAGAUAAAAACUUAUACUUACCAGUUUUUUUUUUCUGCUGGAAGGAUCUGAGACUUUUACCUUCCAAGGCUGGAUCUUUAUUUGAAGGGAAUUCCAGCAGGUCUCUUCAGUUUCUCAUUUCCUCUUGCUAUUUCUGCUCUCAUCUGUUUUACAAAUGGCCACCAUAAUAUUAAGCUUAUCUAAUGGCCAGGCCUCCUGCUGGAAGAUUGCCAGCUGCAGCCCAAAAAUGAGUCAUCUGAAAGCAUUCAGAGGAGAUGGCCAUCACCUUCUCCCUGAACCUCAAACAUAAAACUUCCCUGAUAAGCGCAUACUCCAAUGUCAUGAAAAGCAAGAAGUUACUCUUAAAUUCGGAUGUCACUUCAAGCAGCUUUCUUGCUGAACUGAUCUCACUCUAAAAAUAAUAAGUUCUGUUUUUCAGUGUUUGGAAAAGAUGCUACUUGUACAUACAUAAAGAAAAGAACGAAUGUCCCAUUGACAGCUUCACUGUGAGCCCAAGUUUAAUUCUACACUUUCUUCUCCAUAUUUUCAUAGUUAUAGAACAGCUUGGGUUGGAAGGGACCUUAAAGAUCAUCUAGUUUCACUCCCCUGCUGUGGGCAAGGUUGCCAGUCACUAAAUGAGGUCGUCCAGGCUUCCAUUCAACCUGGACAAUCCCAAUCCAUCCUCCAAUUUUGUUCACUGUUUCUUUUCUCUGUUCACUGUGGCAAAUUCCAGGUCACAGAAUGGAAGGGAUCUCUGAAGGACACCUGGUCCACUCCCUGGUCCAUCUUCUCCCAGCUUUGGCAUUAGGGCAAAGCAAAUAGAGGUAAGGCAGUGGCUGUCAUCUGCAGACAGUGAGACCUGAAGUCUUUGGAACAAUUCCUGAUGAGAAAGGUGGAAAGAGUGGGAUGAAUUGCUUUCCUUGGCAAGGGAAAUUCUGUGAAAAUGUUCCUGCAUUUCAUGUGCAUAUACACAGAAGACAAAAUCUCCUGAAUUUUGCUAUGGACCUUGGUGAGACUUGGGUUUUAUUCAAAAGGAGGAAUUCGGUAGGAGUGCUAGGUCUCCAACUUAGAAACUUGAGAGGGAGCCUAAAAAAACUGCCCAAGGUCUGUAUAAGACUCUAGGGACAUAACGUGUAGCAAGAAAAACUGAUAUGAGAGCUAACCUGCUGAACCUUAUAAUAAAGAAAAUCAGAGGUUUGCCAUCAUAUCUUUUAUUUGGGUAACACCCGAGAGGAAGAGCCAAAAGCCACAUCUUACAGAAGAACCAGCUCUGCGGGAAUGAGGGACUGGGGGCUAUGUGCACAGAUCCCUCACUCAGGCUUCUGCUUCCCAAAGAGAAGGGAUUUUGACCUUGUGGGAGAGAGAAAGAACAGGCCCUAAGCUGGAAACUGAAGCGUGAAGACACCUACGCAACAAGAGAGAACCCCCUGGAGCACCUUUAUUUUGGAAAGAGGGCUGACAACAGGAAGAGGGAGAUCUGCUGGUUGCUGCCAUGUCUGCCUGAAGCCUGGUUCUUCCAGCACAGACACAGAGAGCUCCACAGAUCCUGUGCUGCCCAGCUCCCAGUCAUCCUGCAGCCUUGGCACUGUGGGGCCUGCUCCUGGCCUGCCCAAAGACUGCCAAGGAUGUAUUGUGGUGUGCAAGAACAGGUGCCAAAAGGUGGCCUUGUAGAGCCUAAUGUCAUGUAUUUUGGAGCACAGCUUUGAAGUCUACUUUUGGAGUACCGAAUUAAGAGCUGCUGAGUAUCGUACAUCCAUCAAAAUGAGCAAACUGAAAAAGCUCAGUGAGGACAGUUUAACUAAGCAGCCUGAAGAGGUCUUUGAUGUUCUGGAGAAACUUGGUGAAGGGUCUUAUGGUAGCGUGUUUAAAGCAAUACACAAAGAGUCUGGACAAGUUGUAGCAAUUAAGCAGGUCCCUGUGGAGUCUGACCUUCAAGAGAUAAUUAAAGAAAUCUCUAUAAUGCAGCAAUGUGACAGCCCCUAUGUUGUCAAGUACUAUGGCAGCUAUUUUAAGAACACUGAUCUAUGGAUUGUUAUGGAAUAUUGUGGAGCUGGGUCUGUUUCGGACAUAAUUAGACUUCGUAAUAAAACGCUAACAGAAGAUGAAAUUGCAACUAUUCUGAAAUCUACUCUCAAAGGACUUGAAUAUUUGCACUUUAUGAGAAAAAUACAUAGAGACAUAAAGGCUGGAAACAUUCUUCUUAACACUGAAGGCCAUGCAAAAUUAGCUGAUUUUGGUGUGGCUGGCCAGUUAACAGAUACAAUGGCAAAACGUAAUACUGUUAUAGGAACUCCAUUUUGGAUGGCUCCAGAAGUAAUACAAGAGAUUGGCUAUAACUGUGUGGCAGACAUCUGGUCCCUUGGUAUCACUUCAAUAGAAAUGGCUGAAGGAAAGCCUCCCUAUGCUGAUAUUCAUCCAAUGAGGGCUAUUUUUAUGAUUCCUACAAAUCCCCCUCCAACCUUUCGGAAGCCAGAGCUCUGGUCUGAUGAAUUCACAGAUUUCGUGAAGAAGUGCUUAGUGAAAAAUCCUGAACAAAGAGCUACAGCAACACAGCUGCUACAGCAUACAUUUAUUAAGAAUGCCAAGCCAGUUUCAAUUUUAAGGGACCUUAUCACUGAAGCUAUGGAGAUAAAGGCAAAGCGACAUGAGGAGCAGCAGAGGGAACUAGAAGAAGAGGAGGAAAAUUCGGAUGAAGAUGAGCUGGACUCGCACACCAUGGUGAAGACCAAUUCAGAGAGUGCUAGUACCAUGCGGGCCACAAGCACAAUGAGUGAAGGUGCUCAGACAAUGAUUGAACACAACAGUACCAUGCUAGAGUCAGACCUGGGGACCAUGGUAAUAAAUAGCGACGAUGACGAAGAGGAAGAUGGGACCAUGAAAAGAAAUGCUACUUCACCUCAAGUUCAAAGACCUUCUUUCAUGGACUACUUUGAUAAACAGGAUUCUAAGAAUAAAAGCCCUGAAAACUGUAAUCAGAACAUGCACGAACCUUACCACAUAUCUAAAAAUGUUUUCCCCGAUAACUGGAAAGUCCCUCAAGAUGGAGAUUUUGAUUUUUUGAAGAAUCUAAGUUUAGAAGAAUUACAGAUGAGAUUAAAGGCUUUGGACCCUAUGAUGGAACGAGAAAUUGAAGAGCUUCGUCAGAGGUACACCGCAAAGAGGCAACCUAUCCUGGAUGCGAUGGAUGCCAAGAAGAGGAGACAACAAAAUUUCUGAGUUAGUUUUACUUUCAGAGAUAAUGCUAUGAGUCAGUGUGGACACUGGUAACUUUGUAGGUCUGAAGGAAUUUUAUUGUGAGAGUUUAAAAAAAAGCAACCCAAUCUUUUCAUUCUUCCUUCACAAGCAAUGACAAUUGGAGCAGUGAAAGAACACGUGGUGUUCUGCAUAGGGAGUGAAACACAUUACCACUUGUUAAAUGUUCAAACGUUUAAUGUAAUAGAAGUUUGGUCUGUUACUUCCCAGUCUUUUUCGGGUGUAUUGUGGUAACUUUGUGUUGUACAUUAGGAGGUGAGUUGUGGAGCACCUGGAACUAUUUCUUGAUUGUACAACACUACAGAGCCUUAUGUUGCAAUAUACUUUUCCUCCCACUUAGUAGCAUAUUUAUUGUGUAAUCUUUGAUUAUCCUAUUUAUUUUAUGCCUGUUUUUUUUUUUUUUUAAUUAGGAAAUAUUGGGUAAUAUUGUGGAGAGCAGGGCUAGUCUAGAUAAAUUUAGUAAAGUAGUAGAAUGAAAAGAAGCUCACCACUAUAUUAUCUUUUAACACCCCAAUUUCAGCAAGCAUCCCAAUUCAGGACAGCACUUGAACGUGUGCUCAGACCAUUCCUAUCAAGAGAAUUUUAAGCAUGAAGUAAAUAAUAAGCACAUGUUUUUCUGCUCUCCCGAAUGAAGGACUGUGGCUGCAGUUGAGCAAUACAAUUGUUACACUAGAGAGCAUUCUUUUAGAGAAUAUUUCUAUCAUUUUUACGCACACAGAAUGAUCUCUCAUUAAACAAGAGAACAAGUGCCUAAUUGGUUUUGAUUUUUCUAUUAUUCAGGAGAAGCAAUGCUUGCAGUCACUCCUGCAGUGUAAAUUUCCAAUUGCUAUCGCAAUUCUGACCAGUAUCACCUUCCUGUUUUGCACCAUAGUUAUAUCGUAGUUUUAUAAUGAAGUAACAGUUACACUUUACACAUACUGGAUACGUUUUUUAGUUCAUUUAAUUUUUUAGCACUAUUUUGAGCGAAGAGGGGAGUUAUUAGUGGUUUGGGUUUGGUUUGGUUUCACAUUAUAGGUAUUAAGGGAUAGUAAUUUAAAAGCCAAAGAAUAUCAAUUGAAUACUUAUAUAUAAUGUAAGUACUGAAAUGAAGCAAUGUAUUGCAGAUCUCUGAGGGUUCUGUCCUGCAACCACUAAACAUACAAAAUUCCUGUAGUCUUCUGUGGUAGAUUUUGGGAAAUCAGAAAUGCAGGACCAAGCUUUUAAUACCUUUUUACAGCUUCUUCUGUCUGAUUUAUAUUGUGUGAUAUCUAGUAGGUAGAAUUUACAACUUUGCAAAACGUAUUUCAGACUUAGCUGGAAAUGUGAUCCACUUUCUGAACAAUCUACUGGGUUCUCUGUUGCAAUCUUUACAAUUGUUACCUUUUUAUAAUUAACUUUACUGUGAUAGUCAUCCUUCUUAAAACAAUACAACUGAAAAGGUCUUUACUUUCAACCUCCAGCUGUUAAGCUUUUAAUGGUGACUACUGUAUGGGCAUCUUCUGUUGAAUGUUUUCUGGAAAUUAGUAAUCAUCUCAUACCUCUUAACAUUUACUGUCGUCGUUUGUGGACCAUUUAGAUGGAACAGUGCAGAUUUUGGAAAUGGUGCAUUAUAUCAUAAAACUUAAGCAAAAGAAAAACAAAAAGAUUUUACAGCAUCAGCAUCUUACGGCCGUGCUGGGACCAGAAUUUGGUUUUGAGCUGCGUUACAGCCAUUGUUGUCAUUGUCAUUCUGUGUGUGUUUGCGUGCAUGCCACGCUCUAAUCUGUAAACCCCAGAGUCAAAUAAAUUCUAAUUGUGAUUGUUAGAACAUCCUUACCCUCAACUCUUUUUAUAUUUCUUAAAAUAACGACCAUCCCUUCUGAAGAAGCAAGAACACAGAAGAUCCAUAAAAAUUGCUUUAGGUAAGAUAAAUGCACCUUGUAGUCUUAUGCCUCACAUUUAUACAAUGAAAUGAUGCGAAGUAAAAAAGAGUAUAAUCAUAUCACUGUACCAUUAGAUUAUAAUCAUAACGCAGCAGAAAAUAUCUGCAGCAAACACCUCCCCCAUUAGUUUGAUUCUUAUUUAAAAUUCAUUCCUAAUUCCUCACAUUUCUGGUGUGUUUGUGUGUCUAUAUGCACAUGUGUGUGUGUAUAUAUAUAUACAUAUCUGUAAGUAGAAGUAUAGAACAGGAUUACUUAAACCAUCAGGAGAGGAACGUGACUUGCCUUUUGUUGGUGUGCCUUUUAAGCAAGGUGUCCAGACACUCUUGCUUUCAUCAUUAGCAGCUUUCUUUUCCCUUACUCUCUGAAACUUUUCCCACCAAAAAAAAAAGGGCUUUGAUUUUGAAUAAUGUCUUUGCAGUAUAAUUUACAGUGUAACAUAAUGAUCACAAUUUUCAUAUCUUAUGUAUCCUGAAAGCUUUUUAAUGUAGUGCACUAAAUAUGAAUUAACUCUCCAGAGGGACUCCAGUAAAAGGCCAUUUUAGACUAGAGGUGCUGCAGUCUGACAUCUGAAAGGUAUCAGAAGAUAAAGGACAUCCUCUCUUCACUCCUGAUCUGUCUGCAUAGAAGCAAUUUGUGUAAACUUAGUGCAUGAGCAUACACACAUGCAGCAGGAGAAUCUAAAAGUCACAGAAUAAAAACAUAAAAUGAAACAAGCCACUUAAUAGAGGUGGGAAAAUGGCUUUUGAAACACUGUAAACUGGGUAGGUAUUAGCAGCUUGUGACCAAAGAAUUCUUCCACCAAUGACUGUGAAGUUAUUCAUGUUGCCCUUCUGGGACAGUGUGUAGCCUGUCUUUGGUUCCAGAAGCUAGCAUUCCGGCCUCUAAAUCAAAUGCAAGCAUAACUCAUAGAAGUAGCUUUUAUAUUAAGAGAUGAUUACAACUUAUUUUUCCUUUAUUCUUUUUAUCCAAAUGAAUCAAACCAUCCGUGCUAACAGCUACACAUCUCUACUGCAGGAUGAGCGUCUCCAUAAAGGAAGCAGAUAGUACAGUACAUAUGGCAUUUUAAAAGCAGGAUUCGCAGAAAAUCUGAUAGAACUACUGACAAGGUAACCUUCAGUAAGAUUUUAACCAAGCGGUUUCUUAUUUGCUUCUGAUUUUGUCUGUUUAGGUUUAGGAAGAAAAAGAAAAAUAGUUUUGAAAAAUAAUUGCCUUUUACUAAACAUUGGUAAUAAAAGCAAAUUUUUCAUGUAUAAUGUUGUCUUGUUGUUCAUUCUAACUAGGGCUAAUGUCACUAGUAACCAUUCAUGUUCAUUUACAUAGCUGUCUCACCAGUAAGUAACAGCUUGCCUGUAUUUGCCCAGGUAUUUUCAGAGGAGAGGGUGCAGUGGCUCGGGCUGCUUCUAUGUCCACCUGCACGGUAUGUUGAGCUUCUCAGUAUAAAAGUGGCUGAUGAUAAAUGAGUCGGUGCACAAGUCCAUGAGGUAACGUUAGUCACCAUUGACAUGCAUUGGUGCUUCUAAAUGGAAUGUAUUCUGCACAAGUUCUGUAAAGCACUUUGUGUGCACGUUGUUUUAUCAAUGUGAUGUGAUGAAGGUUACAUUUUCUUUUUAAUUGUAUUCAUGGGUAUAAAGCUAAUUAAAAAGACUUUAUAACAUGA